AUGGCGGGUCGAGCCGCUGUAGGGGCGGCGGUUAGAGCAGUCAAUAAACCGAGGAAAUUUGCCGCUAGAAGAGCUGCAAUUACACUAGUAAGUCUAACAAAUAGUAGAAUAUUUCUGUUACGAUUGAAUAGUCGUCAUACGGGGCAACAGUAAGUUUACGUAACAUCAAGUUGGUUGCAUAUCUACUAGUGGCAAAUUUACGAUUUGAGAGACUUCUCGCAGUGGCCUCUCAACUAUUUUAUCACAGCUUGACUUCGUCCUAUUCCAGAAUUUAUAAAUCUACCAUUCCACUUUUAAUUUAAUGUGUUCAAUCAAACAAUUUUAGUUUAUCCCAUUUAUACACGCUGCAACACGAUCUUAUGUAAUCAAAACGUCGAAGAAGUGGAUAUUGAUUUGAAAUAUCUCUGUUUUUUUUUCAUUUUCUUUUUUUAUGAUGAACUGAAGCCUUCACUCACUUUGAUUGUUUAUGACUCAUGAUUUAUGGCUAAACUGACGAUUAAAUGACGUCACCUUAAACAGUAUUUAGCUUUUUUAGUUUUAAUCUUAAAAAACAAAUAGAUUCAAUGCUGCCUUCGGUCUGUUUUACAAAUAGAUUACACGUCGUUGUGCAUCUGUUCAGUAAUAGACCACAGAUGAUGUCAAAAUGUGGGGAUAAGUAAAGUAUUAUAUUAUUAAUAGUUACAUCAUCCUUGCAUCAUUUUUCCUCUGCUAGAUCUUAAGAACCCAUCAAAAUGAGUACCAUGUAAUCAGUAUUAUAUAAUAAGUUCAGCUAUGCACACAUUCUGAUUGGUUCUCACUUAUGAUCUAUUGGAGGACAAACAUAUAGAUGACAUCAUCAUUAAAACUUUUUUUAAUUCUUUAUUAUAUGAAACAGAUAGAUUCCAAGUUGCCAUGCGUCUGUUCAGUAAUAGAUCACAGAGGACGUCAAAAUGUGGUAUGAACAUCAGUGACACAAUCUGCUGUGCCUUGUUUGCCACUUUUUUGUUCUUACCUCAUUUUGACAUCAUCUGUGAUCUAUUACUGAACAGCUGCACGGCAACUUGGAAUCUAUUUGUUAAAUAGCUCACAGAAGUCUAUCAGUCAAGUAGACAAUUUCUUUACCCUUUAACUCCCAAGAUCUCAUUAGUAAUUCUCCUUGCUGUCUACCAUACAGUUCUUGUGAUGUAAAUUUAGAAAAUUUGGUGUUGGGUUAACUUAUAAUCCCCUAAUUGAUAUUUUUCUUUAUUCGCAUCACUUGUCUGCUUGAUAUUGUUUUGAUAUUGUAAGGAGAAAUUCUGUCUUGGUAGCUCAUGGGAGUUAAAGGGUUCACCUCCAGGAGUGAUUAACACGUAACUUCUCCCCAUAAUAUCAAUACACCAUCCAGAAAACAGAUAAUGAGGAUAUGCAAACUUAACAGGUAGAAGUUAUCUUGAUCCAGCAUCAAAUUCUCAUCACUAUUUAACAGGGAAAUGUGUAGCAGCUGGAGGUGGGGCUGAACAAUUAGAUCUUGGUAGUUUAAGUGCUAAUAAAAGUAAUGAAACUUUUAGUCCAAUUUGCUUGUAGCAAAGGCCAGGAAAAUUAUCCUACAUCAUUCUCACUCAGGGAUCAUUUGUUUUUCAGUUAACCUUUUAACCCCCAGAAGUGAUUAUCAUGUAACUUCUCCCCAUAAUAUUGAUACAUCAUCCAGAAAACAGAUAAUGAGGAUAUGCAAACUUAACAGGUAGAAGUCAUCUUGAUCCAGCAUCAAAUUCUCAUCACUAGUUAACAGGGAAAUGUGUAGCAGCUGGAGGUGGGAAUUAAGAAUUAGAUCUUGGUAGUUUAAGGGUUAAUAAAAGUAAUGAAACUUUUAGUCCAAUUUGUUCGUAGCAAAGGCCAGGAAAAUUAUCCUACACCACUCUCACUAUGGAUCAUUUGUUUUUCAGUGAACCUUUAAACGCCCAGAAGUAAUUAACAUGUAACUUCUCCCCAUAAUGUCGAUACAGCAUUCAGAAAACAGAUAAUGAGGAUAUGCAAACUUAACAGGUAGAAGUUAUCUUGAUCCAGCAUCAAAUUCUCAUCACUAGUUAACAGGGAAAUGUGUAGCAGCUGGAGGUGGGAAUGAACAAUUAGAUCUUGGUAGUUUAAAGGUUACUAAAAGUAAUGAAACUUUUAGUCCAAUUUGUUCAUCACACCACACUCAAUUAUGCAUCAUUUGUUUUUCAGACACCUGCUGCAGUACAAAAACUUAAGUCGCUGUUCACACCAGAAACUGAAAAUGUAAGACAUGCUUAUAGUCUAGUGUCAACUUUAAAAAAAUUAUGUUUUUCUAAGGUACAUGCUUACGCAAAAGUAAGUGAACUCAAUAAUUGAUAUCCUACAUAAGGUUGUCAGUCAUUGCAGAUGAGCAAAACUGUAUGCAAGAGAAAAAUGAAAUUUGGGAAAUAAAUAGGAGGAGGAAGGGAAUUGCAUGCAGAAGGCUGUGGCCCCAGACAACCAGAACUGUUGUCACCGCUUGCUUGUUAUUUUGAUUGCACCUGCUUUUUUGCUUGCCUCCACUCACUGAGAGCAUGGUACUGGCUAAAAACAUGUUAUAGUUAAUAAAUAAUCAUUAAAACUAUCCUUGGCUUUGGUCCCUAGGCAUUGAUCAAGGAAAUGUGAUCCGUAGUUUCUUGGUUAUAAGGAGCACAGUUUUUUCAAGAAAAUUCUGUCUUUGGUUGGAAAGUUAGUGCUGAAAUUGGAGUGCAUCCUAUAGCCAAGUAUUUUUGCACAACAAAAUCUUAAGAUCACAAUUUUAGCAGAGUUUACAGUUAAAAGGCAAUAAUGGGACACUAAUCGUUGAGAGAAAAAGCAGAGCUUUUUGGUCUGAGGUGUAGCGAAGAUUGCGUCAAAUUCAGUCCUAUAUUGCAAUGCAUUAAAAAGGAAUACUGCUUUUAGAACACUAAACAACUUCCAUAGAAAAGCAAACAAACGGAAAUUUGCAUAUGUUCUUAGCAGCAAGUGCUCGGUAACAUGAUAUCCAAAACAGGUCCUUCGGUCGGUAGCGUUCUGUGGACGCACACUUUGUUGUCAUACGCAGCUCACCAGAGAGCAGGACGUUGCCGGUUGCGCCAUUUUCUCACCAUGGAUUCUGAAAUGCCGUAUUCACGGGCAAUUCCACGACUGUUGUGACUGCCUCGGCUUCGGUAGCGAUUUUUAACUUUACGUUGAGGUCAAACGAUUGACGGCGAGUGCUUAGCAUAUUUGUGAUCGAACAAGAAGUUAAAGUGAAACUCUGACUGUUUACGAUGAGAACAUAUCAGUUAUUUUUGUAAGUGAGUUUUAAGUCAUUCGGUUGAUGUUAUUGGAAUGAAAUCGAAUCACUGAAUAUUUAUUAUUUAAUUUUGUAAAGAGAAGCAUGUUUCUAAGGAGGAAGGCUGAAAUAAACAAGGAUGCGUUUUGUUUCUCCUUAAAGUUGUGAAAUUUUAGCCUUGGUUUUUACGUAGCUCAUUAAAUGUGCGACUUUUUUCACUUUUAUUUACGUUAGCAAAAGAGUUCACAUGCCAGCUGUGUAGCGAUAAUCGUUCUCAGUUCUAUCACAUCCUUUUAUUAACCUUUUGGUAUGUCAUAAAACCGAAUAUUUUCACGAAAUUUUCAGUUUGGGAACUUGGCUAGACUAAGUUGCUAAGUUUGGGGUGCGUCUUAUAACCGAGUGCACUUAUAACCGAGAAAGUACGGUUAUUCUCAGAUUCUUUAAAUUUGAAGGAAAUGCAGAAACGCUACCUAUUACAUGCUUGUCAUUAAUUUUAAAUGUCUUUUUUCUUUUCCAGUCUGCUUUAAGAAUUGGUGUCAAACAAAAAGGUUGUAAUGGCCUCACUUAUACAUUGGAUUAUGCCAAUGAAAAGGGAAAGUUUGAUGAGGAGGUCAGUCAAGAUGGUAAGUUUGUUUUUGGAAAACUUGAAUCGUGUAAAGCUCAGUAAACCAUGAGCAUUAGAAACAUUUCUUGCAUGUUGUGGCUAAAGAACAAGCUAAACUAGCAAAAGUAAGCUAAAUUGUAAGCAGUUCCCUCUGACGAAGGGCUAACGCUCGAAACAUCACCAUCUAAGCCCCUAAGGUGGCCAAUUUAUGUUAUCAACAAUAGCGUGCAAAAAAAGUCGUGUCCGAUAGCUCGGGGCUAGUGGAUUUUGCGAUUGGGCCAGUGAAUUAUGUGCUUUAGGUGCCCGAAGGGCAAGUGAAGAUUUUCGGAGAAUUAAAGUUACAGAAGUACUGUAAGACAAAUGUUGUAAAUUCCUAAUAAAUUCAUGCUGACCAAAAGUAGCUCCGACGAAGUGAAAUCUGUAAUACAUAGAUUUAGCCAAGCCUAAAAGCGGAGCUCGCAUUUUUUUUCCCGCACGUCUCGAGGGCAUAACGCCUUGCCUCGGCCAGGAAUAGAACCUGGGUCGUCCGACUCGGAGCCUAGUGCACUGACCACUGGCCUACUGGACAAAGCCGUGGCGUUGGCGUGCUCGCGGUACAGUUGACUACGCAUGUUAAAAGUAGCACCUUGUACGGUCGUACGGUAGUACAAUCCAAAUUUUUUCGGCUUGGUGGGUUACUACUAUUUUGUAUAAUUAUGGGGCUACGCUCUGCGAGCUCCGCUAUAAACAAGACUAAGUAUGGCAUCACAUGUCAGACGAGACUUAUUGUGAUCUCGUGCAUAAAGUAAAAGCAAAUAUUGAAAAAAAACAUUGGAGGUAAAUGUUGCCCGUGACCAAUUCUAACUAAUUCAGAGAAAACUAUCUCUCUUAAUUUUACUUCAUAAUCAUUUGUGAGGAACGUAAACAAAAGGUUUUGAUCCUGAACUCCAGUGAAAAAUUUCUCCUGAUUUUAGCAAAUACUGGUCACGUGCGUUUCAACAUGGUAAAUUCUAAACACCGAUACCGUAGGCGUUUGUUGAUUAAAAUAUAUAGACCACAUCGUAUUGUUUUCACUUUUCACGAAAAUCUUUCAGAUGAAAAGUUGCCAGAAAUGAAACGAACAUUUUUGUUCUUUUGAAACGUAACACCUUUGGUUACUUGUAACAAGAUGAACCUCAAAUUUGCAUAAUUUUUGUUUGCAAAAUUUGUUCAUUGAUGCGUUACUCAGCACUUGCACUAAAACUUGACUUGGAAAACCGACUCCCAACCUUCAUCAGAAAAAAUGAAGUGAAUGCACAAAUUUUGAAUGAGAAGCAAACUGAUGAGAGCUAUCAAAUUUUUAUCCCCUUUAAUACUAUAAAUAUUACUUGAAUAAUGUAAGUAUCUCCCUUGUCAGCUGCUUAGAAAUGGGGAAAAUUGUGAAAUUUAGCUAGGUUCACUCCCAAGAUCUCGUUAGUACUUCUCCUUACUGUCUGUCACACAAUUUUGAGGUUACUUUGGAGAAUAUGGUAUUGGACCAAAUUAAUAAUCCCCUAAUUUAUAUUUUCAUUUAUUCUCAUCGCUUGCUAGUAUUUAUGUUGUAUUGGUACUGCAAUGAGUAAUUGUUUCUUGCUCACUCAUGAGAGAUUAAAGGUUAAGGCUCACAGAAGGGGGAAAUUGCAUUAUUAUCUCAGAUUACCAAUGUUUUUCUCAACAGGUGUAAAGAUUUAUAUUGAUUCCAGGGCACAAUUAUCACUGCUAGGAACAGAAAUGGACUAUGUAGAAGAUAAGCUUGCCAGUGAAUUUGUGUUCAAUAAUCCCAACAUUAAAGGAGUUUGUGGAUGUGGGGAAAGUUUUCACUUAUAGAAUUGCGAAAUUGGAGAAUUUGGUAAAGUCACCAGAAGCCAUCUUGUUUUAGUACCAGCUGUUCACAAUAAUGUUGGAGUAUUUGUCUUUUCCUGCCAAAAAAAGGAGGGCAUUAUCUGGUUUGAAGAAUAUUUGACACACUUUGAAGAUGUCAGUUAUAAAACUGAUAUACCGAACUACCUGACUUGCACUUAUGUUGCUUCUGCUGUUUAGUGUUAAUAUGGAUAUUUUUUGUAACUCUGAUCACCUCUCAAAAAAAUUCAGUUGAUACCACAAAAGGAAAUUUAACCAUCCAUCUGCUACUUUUGAAGAGAAGAGGGUUAAAACUUAAAUUUCAGCUACAAGCACGAGGCUGUGCAUACACCUAUACCUUUCUUAGUGAUCAACUACUGGAGACUUAGAGAAGAUUUCUAAGAAAAAAAUAGUUUGUUUAUUUAUCAACAUUACGUCUCGUGUAAGUAUUGUGGGCUGAAUACAGACAAACUUUGGUGUAAAUAAUUUGAGAAUACUACUGUAGAAGUUUUGUUCUUCUUUUUGUUCAAGAGGGUGGGGUGGAAACCCAAACUGUACUAACAGACUGAGGAGGUUUCUCUACUUUUCUAUGUGGAUGGGUGUUGCAGGCAUGCCGACAGAGGGAAUUACUUACAUCAAUCAAACCUGAAGAGCCCAUGUGAACUCAAAGUUAAAACAAAAAAUUCUUAGUUUUGCAUCUGAUUGGCUGUGUGCUGUAGGUUUUCUGGACCAGUCACACAGUGAAGUAAAGCAAAACAAAACCAGUGAACCAAACCAAACCAGUCACUAAGUACAUUUAACCCUUUCACUCCCAAGAUCUGAUUGUCAAUUCUCUCUUCUUGCUGCUAGAAAAUUCCUUGUAAAUAAGUUAUGAGAAUUUAGUGUAAUAUCAAGAUAAAAAUUUCUUCCUGAUAAGUUUUAGUAUUCUUUUAACUGUUUGCUAGAAAAUGUAUGGAUAUAAUUGGGAGAAGUUACAUGUUGGUCACUUCUGAGAGACAGAUGAUGGCAGCAAUAAACUAAAUGGG